ACUGAACACGCUGUUGUACAUUAGAGAGUUGGAGGAAAUGGCGUCCGUGUGUUUGCUGUUAGCAGUGAGGUGUUAGCUGAAUGGCUAAGCUAAAUACCUUUAGAAUUGACACGUAGGCUGUGAGAGUGGCAGCAGGUUAGGAUUUGAGCACUUUGCAUUGCGUUGGAGGGAAUUACAGAAGGAUGUGUGUGAAAUAGCACUUUAUCUUCUCCAAGUGGGACAGAGAACAGGUACACUGAGGUAGCGAUGGCAGCUGGCCAGAAGAAAACCAGCGCAGAGACGUACUUGCUGUCCGGCUCCAACGGCCUGAAUGGAUCAAAAGCACAAGGAGUGACACUAGCAGAACAAAACUGCAAUGGAAAGAAUUCCCGGCUGGCCAAGAUGGCCUCGAACGUGCAGGAGAAGUGCGCGGCGUACGUCCUGGCCCUGCGGCCGUGGAGCUUCAGCGCCUCUCUGACGCCUGUGGCUUUAGGAAGCGCCCUGGCCUACAAACUGGAGGGCUCUGUGGACAUUGUGAUCCUGCUGGUGUGCGCCGUCGCCGUCCUGGUGGUGCACGGUGCCGGGAAUCUCGUGAACACUUACUACGAUUUCUCCAAGGGAAUCGAUCACAAGAAGAGCGACGACAGGACUCUGGUGGAUCGGAUCCUGGAGCCGCAGGACGUGGUGAUGUUCGGCGCCGUGCUUUACUCGGUGGGAUGUCUCUGCGCCACGUUGUUGUAUUUCCUCUCUACGCUGAGGCUCGAGCAUCUGGCGCUCAUCUAUUUUGGAGGGCUCUCAAGCUCCUUUUUGUACACUGGAGGAAUCGGUCUGAAGUACGUGGCACUAGGGGACGUGGUGAUCCUGAUCACGUUCGGCCCACUGGCCGUGUUGUUUGCACACGCGGUACAGGUGGGUCACCUGUCCGUGCUGCCGCUGGUGUAUGCCGUGCCGCUGGCCUUGCAUGCCGAGGCCAUCCUGCACAGCAACAACACACGCGACAUGCAGUCAGACCGCAGUGCCGGCAUCGUCACGCUCGCCAUCCUAGCCGGCCCGGCGCUCUCUUACGUCCUCUACAACGUGCUGCUCUUCGCUCCCUACGUGGUGUUCUGUGUGCUGGCCACGCGCUACACCAUCAGCAUGGCGCUGCCGCUGCUCACGCUGCCCAUGGCCUUCCCGCUGGAGCGCCAGUUCCGCAGUCAGCACUACACCAAGAUCCCACAGAAAACAGCCAAGCUCAACCUACUCGUGGGACUCUUCUACGUCUUCGGGAUCAUUCUCUCGCCGACGGGGAGCCUGCCACUGUUCUAAAAGAGAGCAUCCUUUCUUCUUUUCUUAUUUUUAUGCUGUAAAAGGAAUUGACUUCAUACCUGUCACUGUUUCUUUUUAUUUUACUGGACUUUGUAUCUUCUUAAUUAUUUAUAGCAAAUUUUUUUUUCAUCAGUGGAAGUCCAAAAUCCUGCAAAACACACUCAAGCUUAACCUGCUAGUAGGGCUAGCCAUCUUCAAGAUCACGUUACACCACCCAGGAGAAAAGUGAAAAGAAAUCCGCUUUUUGUUUCUUCUUUAGUGGAAAACUUGUAAGAGGCUUUGCAACAUUUCUUUUUUUUAUAUAUAGUUAUUUCUCCGUUUAAAUUGCUGUUUAAUUUAUGCUUCAGGGCUAAUGAACACUUUGCAGUGGUACACACGAGAGCUGGAAAAAUCAGUAUUCUAUGAAAUGGUGUGUGAACAAAGCACAGUUGCAGAGCUUUGUGAAACUUCAAUUCCACACACCGGGAGAAUCAGUUUAUUUUCAAGAGUUUGGGGAGUAUUAGUGAUGUGACGGUACUAGAUUGACAGCUGUCCAAAUCCACUCAGUUAUACACUGUGGAGGAAUGAACAGGGCCAGAUGUACUGUGUGUUUUAACGCUUCAGCACGCUGACACUGACCGGCUUGUCACGUUACAGCAGCUGGUCAGUCUGAAACCAAACUGAAGCCUUCUUUCUUUCAACAAGGGAGAAUAAAAAUGAUUUAUGUACAUCUCCUAUGAGUAACUGUCUUUGAUACAGAUUUGAAGAGCAUCGGGUCUUUAAAAAAAAUAAAUGACAUUUUAAAGUAA